GUAGACAUUUCUAAACAAAAAAUAAAAUUUGUUUUUUAGUACUAGGAUAUUAGAUAUUUGGAUUAUUUACUGUUAAAUCUCCUAUUUCCAAUCUGUCGAAGAUGUAUAGUCGUAUAUAACAUAUGUGAUUUGAAAUAUCUUUUAGUCCUCUAGUGCUCUUAUGCCUUACUUUCAGUUUCAGUCGUCCUUACGUUUGUUAUAUUUUGACUAGUCUAGGAUUUCGGAAGAACGUCGGUUACUUUAUUAUUAUUGAAAUAUAAAUGACGUGAAAUGUGUAGUUUAGAAAAUGCCUGUGACAUUAUUAAUCUGUCAUCAGACGAGGCUGGCGAUGUUGAAAUUGUCGAUUGGCGCUCACCUAUUAGUCUAAAUAAAGAUGAAAACAGUAACUUCGAAUUUAUAGACGAUGUAUAUUUAAAAGAUUUAAUACAAAUAUGUCUUAAAGCAGAAAACUCUAAAGGUAUGCUAAGAGUUAUAAACAGAUCACUUUUGCCUUUAUACCAAGAAGCAAAGCCAGAUUAUUUAAAUAGCAUAGAAUUUCAAGAAGUACUCCAAAGAAGUAGUGUAAUGAUAGAGCAGAAGCCCACAUUUAAAUUUUCUUACAUAAAAUCAGUAUGUGAAAAUUUAAGGAAGAACAAAAAGAGAAAACGACUCAGUUUCAUUACCCUGGAUUCAAAUGUAAAAAGAAACAAAGUAAAUAACGGCCAUAACAUGGAAAAUGGAAAGAUACAUGUUAUUGAUGAGGAUAGUAUUGGAGAAAGUGGAGAUAAAAAUGACCUUAUACUUCUGGAGGAGACAGUAAAUGAGGAAAAAGAAAAUAAAUCCAAAAGUUUAGCAUUACAGCUUGAGCAUCAGGCAACAAUAUUUGAUUCAGAUCUAACAGCUCUGGACACAGUAGAAAAUGUAAAUGACACAGUAGAAAAUGUAAACGACAUAGUAGACAAUGGUAAUGACCCAAAAGAAAUUCAAAGUGGUGUCUUAAAUUUGUCAUAUAACUCCACCUGUGAUAAAGCUACAACAUCCAACAAACUGUUAAAUAAUAGUCAAGAGAAUUUAUUAAUCACUCAUAGAAUUGAAUUACUACCUACUGAUGAUGAGCAAGUAAAAAUUAAAUCUAUAGAAUUUGAAAUUACAAGGUUAGAAAAAAUUAUCAAGCAGUUGGAAGAGACAGAGGUUAUUCAAGAUAACUAUUGUUCACCAUAUGUUUUAUGUGAGGAAUAUAAGGAAAAGGUUGUGGACCUGUAUAAACAGUUAUGCCAUUUGACUCAGUCGCCUUUAGUGAAAAAGCAUGAAGUCCGACUAAGAGUCUUGGAAGGGCAUGUGGAAGCACCAGUCAAAAUUCUAGAAAGAUUCCUUAACAAUAACUUGCAAAGUAAUGGAUAUCCCUUAUUCCCUGACUUUAAUGAUGUUAAAAUAUGUGUUGUUUUAGCAAAUGACAUUUAUAAAUUAGGAUGGGAUGCAAGAAAAGUUAUGAAAGAGGCGAGAGCACUAUUCACGCAAUGCGGUCGGGCCCUUCAAAAGUUGCGUCAGGGACGGGAGUGGAGGGACUUGCUCGCGAAUGUGAAGAAGGAACAUGAAGAUGAUCCAGCGCUGCAUGAUCCAGACUUAAUGGCCAAGCUGGAUGCAAAUAAGCAGUGGGCCAUAAAGAGCGAAAUGGACAUUAUUGAGAAGUAUGCUCAAAUGGAGACUGAAGCCUUAAAAAAACGAAAAAAACAUACAGAGAUAGUAAAUAAGGAUGAUGCGACAAGUGAUAGCGACGCAGAUUCUGUUGUCCUGUGUGAAGAAGACAUGCUAAGGAAUGAAGAAUUUUUCAGAAAACUUAGGGAAGAAGUGAAAAUUGAACAGACAGAUAACGUAGAUGAUACACAUAAUGAUGAACAAGUUAACGUCAAAGAAUGUGUAGUUAAAAUGGAACCAUUAUCUAAACAACUAGAAGAUUUGGGUGAUAAUUUUACAGUUACCAUUGAAAUCGACAAUCCAUUUCUUGUGGUUGAAGUGUCUUCGGAUAGUGAUGAUGACGUUGAGCUUUAAUAAAAUGUCUUUUGAGAGUUCCUUCUUGUUAAGUGCCUUUAUUGUUUUUAUAAAGCAUAUAUUGUUUUAUUAAAUAUAAAGAUAAAUAUUUAAAAUAUCAGUUUUUGAGUUCCAUACUCCACAUAAUCUGUCAAAAUUCUAUUGCCAUGUGGCAGGUAGAUUUUUGGUGAAAACAUUCUUUGUACAGGGUUAGAAGCAUAAGAUACAACAGAUUCUUAAUUGGAAAUGACUUCAUAAAAAGUAUAUAUAAAUAAUUCAAAU